GCCGCCUCCUCUUCUCGUCUCAUCCCUGGUGCCAUCUCCUCUCAGCCCUAGCACCGCCAUCUUCCUCCCGAUCCUCUCCACCUCUUCCUCCAAACCGCACAGCCCGAUUCUGUGUCUCCAAUCAGCCAACGCCGUCGUCUCUUCCACAGUCUCCUGCACCAAAUUCCCCAGCCCGCAAUUGUGUCAUAAUUGGCCUGACAUGGCUGAAACUCCCUUCGUGCUGCUGCAACUGAGCUUUGGUGCUGGCUGGAGUACACGGAAAAAGGAAGAGAUUGUCUAGCAAAUUAGUGGAUUGAACAAGAACUAUGCCGCCGCGAAGGAGUGCAUGCAAUGCUGCGUGUGGGAGAGGUCGUGGUCAUGGUAGAGGUGAUGUUAACUAGCAAGUUAACAAUGAACAAGUGAACCAGGGCAAUGAAGAGGUUGAAGGGGGGAGGAACACUCAGUUGCUGCUAGAGCUCCUGUCAGUGGUGGUGCAAAUGCCUCGGUCCAGGCAAUGACGUUUACUAGGUGGAUGUCUAUGCUCUUGGAUACCUUUGAUGGCUUAGGAACGCCUACAGAUGCUGUUGAUUGGCUGCGCAAGAUGGAGAAGGUCAUAGCUGUAUGUAGGAUGACUGCUGAGGACAUGGUCCUAUUUAUUCCUCACCAGUUGAUGCAUGGACUCCUGCUCGAGGUGCUAUCACUUGGGAGGUUUUCUUGGCGCGGUUCAGGGCUAAGUAUUAUCCGGACUCCUUCAGGGACAAGAUGAAUGAUGCAUUGAACGACAAUCAACAGGGGGACAAGACAGUGGAUGAGUACGAGAGAGAUUUCAGCAAUAUUGUUCACUUUGUGCCUAGUGUGGCAAGUGAUGAGCGUGAGAAGGCUCGGAAGUUCUUCACCGGACUUAAUGCUCAGUACAGGGUGGUGAUGGGAAGGAAUCCUCCUACCACUUAUAUCACAACAGUUGAGGAGGCUAGAGGUAUGGAGACUAAGUUUCAGCUUAAGAUGCUCCAGCAGAGGCAUAAUGGAAAUUCCAGUAACACAGGGGGUGAACAUAAGAGGGUUCACCAGGAGGGAGGAGAGCCCUCACAGCAACCCUCUUUCAAGAAGUCUAAGGGAAACCAACCGUCCCAGCAGCCUUCCAAGUCCAAGCAAUCAGGGGCUCAGUCUUUUUUGGCGCAGCACGGUGGGAACUCCUCAUUCACGCGUCCUGUUCCAGGACAAGGUUUAAUUUGUUUCAAGUGCGGGAAGUCGCAUAAUGCUUCAGAGUGUAGUUUUUCGGGUACAUGCAAAACUUGUGGUAAGGAGGGCCACAUUAGUGUGGUUUGCAAGAGAAACCCAAAUUAUAUCAUCAAGUGGCAACGUUCAAGUUCUUCUUCUACUGGAUCCACCUCAGUUGCUAGUUCUAGGGGUUCGGCUCCCACAGUUGCUGCUCCUCGUGGCACAGUUCAGAUGAUGGCCGGUCCCCCAGUUGCAUAUUCUUCGUGUCCUCAGUACUACUAUCCUCCAUCGAGUUACUAUUGGCCUCCACCUCAGCUUCCUACACCACGUGCUCCUUUACAGUUACCUGCUCUGCCUUCUCCUACAGCUCAGCUUCCUCAGUAUGCAGCGGGAGGUUCUAGUUCGACUGCACCUACUGGAGUUUACACUAUGCCUACAGCUAUUGGCGUUUCUUAGCGCAAUCACUAGGAACAGGAUUGUUAAGCUCGUCCCCGGCAACGGCGCCAGAAAUGCUUGUUGGCAUUUCUUAGCGCAAUCACUAUGAACGGGGUUGUUAAGCUCGUCCCCAGCAAUGGCGCCAGAAAUGCUUGUUGGUAUUUCUUAACUCUCACAGAGAAGUCCGCAAGCGCACGGAAAUACUGUUGUAGCACUUCACCCGGAAGUAUUCAGGGUUUCAUAUUUUCCACGAGGAAUGGAGGUGUAACGGUCUUCUAACUAGUUUACCCAGAGGAAGAGAGAAAAGGGUGGCCAUUGGGUAGUGUGGUUGUCUAAGAGAAGAGAUACUUGACAGAGAUAAACCAGCUCUCACUUGCUUACUUUGGGCACCGGCUUACUCCUGGUCUGCCAAGAGUAUCCGGCUAUUAGCUCUACACCCAACUCUCAUAUAGGGGACUACGAAGGACGGACAGGUCUAUCACCACCUGCCGCCUACCCCGACAGACCAUGGAGAAGGUAUGCAAACAACGGUAACCUCUAGCCCAAACACCACGUCCACGCUAUCGAUUACUACUCUGGCCCUGACUCCGUCCAUGACUCGAGCCUUUAGACUAGAGCAACCAUCACAAGGACAGACGAUGAUCCCGCAAGCAAAAGAUAACGAAAGCUUAACUCAGAUAAGAACUCAUCAAAUAGACAAACUUAGAUACUUACUCGAAAGAGACUCGUAUCCGCCGAGGUACGAGCAGAGGGAAGCCGACAACUUCGGCACUCCUCCCGACUUCUCCUCACACACUCCCUAGCCUACUCUCUACAAGAUAGCUCUAAGGUGUACUCUCCCCUUCUCCUUCUUCUCUUCAAAGUGUGUUGUCUUGUGAGGGGUGAGGGAGUCCCCUUUUAUAGCCCAAGGACAUUGGUUCCCGCCAGAAUUAAAUAUGGAAAUAUUGAUAACCGCCAUCAGGAAGAUAAGAGAGAAUCACCGGCCAAAAUGCACCUGUACGGGUUGGAGAUCAAUGUGAUUGGUCGAAUCGAAACUUAGGGCAUAAGCCAGAUGCAUGAGAUGCAUAGGGUAGUAGAUUGGAUCUACUGCGAAUUCCGAUUUGUUGCAAAAGUGUGUUUUACAGUAAAACAGUCAUAACUUUUGCAUACGAACUCGGAUUGAGGCAAAUUUUAUAUCGAUUUGUAUCUACAGAAAAAGUUAGAUUUGGUUCAGUACAGCUAUGCUGUUUUCGCAAAAUUUAGAUUUGCGAAAUUCGGCCCAGAAGAUAGAGUUUUCGGUGUUUUAAGUUCAGACUUUGGAAUCACAUAACUCUGUUUUGCAGGUUUUAUGAUCGGUAUGGCCCCUAUGUGUAUGUGAUUCGUGUGUGUAAUUGUUUCAUGACCUGCGUGUCGUGAUUAUGACAAUUCGGCCGGAGCCAUAUGAA